UUUUUAUAGACAACAAUCCCUCAGAGUUUGUGUAUGUUAGAGGGCCCAUACUUUUGAGUAAUGUGGUGUGCAGUGGCAUCGAAGAAAGUUUACUUGAUUGCACUCUUGAAGACUGGGGUUCGAGUCCAGCCAUUUGCACCCAUCAGCAAGAUGUUAUUGUCAGGUGUUCUGACGGGAGAAUCAAUCACGGAUGUUUGAAGAUGUUUGUAUCCAUACAAAUUACAUAAAAUAGUCACUGAAUAGACACUGUUGCUGCAGCAGCUCUUCCCAAGUUUUCCAUAGUCCAAAUUCUCGAGUACAGUUGUUCACGUUUUUCGUUGUUACACAAUGUCUGAGAAACCACCAAUAACAGAUCAAGCAAUGGGUAACAGAUUAACAUAUGCAAAUAAGGUUAUUCUAGCUCCGAUGGUACGAAUUGGAACAUUACCAGCGAGGCUGCUGGCGUUAGAUUAUGGAGCUGAUAUUGUCUAUUGUGAGGAAUUGAUUGACCACAAGUUGCUGCACUGCCGAAGAGUUGAGAAUGAUAUUCUGGGCACCGUAGACUUUGUGAUGAGUAAUGACAUAGUUGUUUUCCAGACAUGUGAGCGAGAGAAAGAUAAAGUGGUUCUCCAGAUGGGAACCUCAGACCCACAGCGAGCUCUAGCCGUUGCUAAACUUGUAGAGAAUGAUGUAGCAGGCAUUGACAUCAAUAUGGGUUGCCCAAAAGAGUAUUCAACCAAAGGAGGUAUGGGUGCAGCUCUGCUCUCUCGGCCGCAGGAAAUCCACAAAAUUUUGACAACCCUAGUUCAAGGAAUUUCAAAACCUGUAACCUGCAAAAUAAGAAUUCUUCCCUCGAUUGAAGACACUUUAGCUUUGGCACAUACCAUUGAGAGCACAGGGGUGGCAGCUUUGGCUGUUCAUGGACGCACAAAGAGAGAGAGGCCCCAGCAUCCUGUGAAUUGUGACAUGAUAAAGACAAUUAGUGAAGCACUAACAAUCCCAGUCAUCGCAAACGGUGGUUCUAAGGAUCAGAUUACCUCAUAUCCAGAUAUAGAGAAGUUUCGUCUCAAGACAGGUGCGUCUUCCGUUAUGAUUGCCCGGGAAGCCCAGUGGGAUAUGUCCAUCUUCAGGAAGGAAGGAAGACUUCCCCAGGAUGAACUCAUCAGAGAUUACUUGAAAUAUGCUGUAGACUAUGAAGGUGUCUUCUCCAACACCAAGUUCUGCGUCUUACAAUUGCUCCAUGGAUGCGAAGAGCAGGAAAUCGGUCAAACGCUUCUAAAGGCACAAAGCCUUGCUCAGAUAUGUAAGCAGUGGGGAAUGGAGGAUUACUACAAUGAAGUGAGCAAGAACCACAGGGAAGCUCAAGAGCGAAAAGAGGCGGAGUCUGGCCAUGGAGGAGUCAAGAAACGAAAGCUGGAUGACGGCUCGGAAAUGUUUGAGAUGAACGUGAAAUAUUGCAAGAGGGAGUAUUCUAGACUUGAAACUCCAAAGGAUAUUCUAAACUUACUGGUUGCUCGCAACAAACUGCCAAAACCACACUACAAAAUGGAAAUGCACGAGAUCGAUAGAAACUUUCGAGCCAUCUUGACGUUUGAAGGCAAAAAGUACACAACUUCACAGUGGGAGAAGAGUAAAAACUAUGCUGAGCAGUGUGCAGCAAAAGUGUGGCUACAUGUAGAGGGUCUGCUAGACGUUGAACCUUUACAGCAUCGGAAGCCAAUUGAAGGUGCUGGAAAAGAGACUAAUCAUCACCCAGAGCAAUCUAGGGAUGAUAGAAACAAUGGUUUAAAAACACCUGGAAAUGAGACUAGGAGUUCAACGAAUGGUGUAGAAAAAGGUUCAACACCAGACGAGUUACUAAGAGUAUCUGAUAAAGAGUCUAGUCAUCAACACACUAUACACGGUGAUAAGGCUUUACCUUCAACAUCUGAAGAUGUGGCUGGAGCGGAGGCUACAGAUCAAAGGGUGCUGGACGAAAUUUCAAAACAAGCCAAUAGUGUGGUAGAUGGCAUACUCGUCAGCCAAUCACAACCUGGGGUUGGAAGUUGACAUGUGCAGUAGGCCAGGGCCCAAUUUCAUAGAGAUGCUGAAGUACAAAAAGUAGCUUAGCACAACAAAAUCAUGCUUUCCAGAA